CGAUUUCGUCGUCUGCAUCUGUUCUGUCUGUGCAGUCCCCUUUGAUAAAAUGUUUAUUGUAGCAUUCUUUGUUGUUGAUAAAUGAUAGUAAUUUAUGUUGUCUUGUGUUAUUCAUGUAGUGGCUUUUUUAUAAACUCUCUUAUCUUGAAAGUUAUUUUAUAAGGUGAUUCCAUAAUGUGUAUUCUAUCUCUUAAUGGCUAAAAUUAACGCAGCAGUAAAAAUGGUUCAGCAUAAUUCAAGAGAACAGCGUUCUGUGGAUAGGGCGAAAAUUUCAUAAGCUUGUCAUAUUUGCUGGUAGCUGGAUUUUUAUAUCAACAGAAUCAACAAGUCAAUUUUGCAAAGAGAGUAUUUUAGGAAGAAAUGAGUGUUUCGUUGGAUAAAUGGAAGUGGGGAAUCAAGGGCAAGUUGGAGGAGUGGUGUACACGGAAAGGCAAAGCUUAGACACUGUCAGAGCUCUACACCAGACUGUUGUGUCACUAAGAGCAGCUUUAGAACAGUCACGAGCUGAACUGCAUUCUCUGAGGCAACAAGUUCAAGGGAAAGUUGAUCCUGCUGUUUACGAAAAAACCAUAGAGAAACUAUCCCUAGAAAACCAUGUAUUACGACAGCGAGUUCUAUCUUCUGAAAAUGUUAACUCUUUAGGAAUUGAAAUCUCUUUGUCUCCUGUCCCACCAAUGACAGAUCAGAAUAAGAAAAAGUGCAUGGAUCCAACAGAUAAUGUAGAGACAGAAGUGGAAGGAGACACAAAAGUGUGCGGUUCAGGUGAACAUAAUGGUUUGGUUGAUCAGCCCUCUAUAGAAAAUGGUGAAGAAGUUGAAAAAUCAGUCCAAGAAGAUGGAGAUCAGUCAAUAUCAAGUGCUACAAGUCAACACGGAGCUGGGACGCCGCAGAUCAGCAAGGGUGAGUCGGAGGACUCGGAAGAGUUGGAUGACAUUGAACUCAUAUUUACAACUGAUGAUAAAGAAUUGAGUGGACUGCAUGAAGAUUUAGUUUCAAUAUCAGAAAGUGAAGCUUGGCAUGUCAAAAGAGGAAAGGAUAGAGAUGUAAGAGAUGUAGUUUCCAAUUCGACUUUAAAACACACUUGGACACAGUCUGUUUUUGUCGAAACAGACAUUUCCAAAUGUGGAGUUAUCGAUGAAGAUGAAAGUCCUCAGGUUUGUAGACGCAACACUUUGCCUAAUGCCAUUCCUUAUAGACCAAUAAUACACCGAGAAGCAGUUAGUGGAAGUAAAAGUCAGUUAGUAGACCAAAGUCAGAGUUCUCCUAGACCGUUGCUUGUAAAGUUUUCUCAAAAUGCAAGGAGCCCAAGAAGCACUCGUCCCAUACUUGCUGAGAAAAAUUCAAACAAACAAGAAUCAGAAGCACAGACUGAUAUUACAGCUUUGCCAGCACACUGGAGAUCCGAAAGUUUUCUUGCCCACCAUAAAGUCGCCCAUAACUUCACAACGUUACCAUCAAAGUUUGCUAUUCCAGUUAGUCAUUGUGCUCCGAGGAAACAGUCACUAAGACUAUCGGAGAAAACUCAAGAAGCGAGAAGAGUCCUCUUGUCAGAUAUCAAUUUUACGAGCAUGGUCCCAGAAUUAUCCAGAAGUGCUGAUCACUUAUGCAAUGAAGCUAUUAGUACAUCAAAUCUUUGCAAAAAUUAUCCUCGAGCUUUCUCGUAUAUGAAGAAUGCAGACAGCGUGCUUUCUCCAGGCUAUUUGGGCCGACCUCCCUGGUCCCCCUGUGAUUGCAAUAAUCGACAUCCCAGUUGGGAGUAUUACCAAGGUUCCUUAAUGUCAAUUCCUUCACCAUCAGUUAUGGACAUGUCAGAGAACACAAGGAGGAGGCACUCGAUGAAACCUUCCGUUUCCUCAUUGGACACUUGGAAUAGUUCGUACUGUGUGAGACCCAACUGGUCAGUUCCAACAUCUCCAACGCAUUGCCGACGCUCUCGAAGUGUUCCUUUCUCAGCAUCUUACAUGCAUACUGCUCAGCCCGAGUCCAGUUGCUACAGUAUGUGUUGUCCUAACAGAAGACAGGAUUCCAAACUGUCAAUAUCAUCAUCUUCAAGAACUUUCAGACCACUGACAUCAUCGAAAAGCCAAAAUCGAGUAACAUUUCAAGACACAGUGGUGAGGCGGCCCGGACAUUCCAUGCCAGAUCUUCGUAUCUCACUGGAGCCUGAUAGUGGAGAAGAUUCGACAGACUCAUUAAUUGAGGAGUCUGAAGAGUUUUUACGCAGGUCAAUUGAUUCAGUAGUGACAGGAACGGACUACACACAGACUGGCAGGAAGAGAAGGUCCAGGAGACACUCUGAACCCUAUCCUUUCAAAGAUUUUGAACCGCCCAAGUCAUCUCAGCCGUUCAUAGCAAAGAUUCCAAGAGAUCUGAAGCUCAACUAUUGGGUGAAAGUUAUCACCCUUGAGGGGCGGGUCGUGGUGGGCAAGGUGAGAUAUGUGGGUCUGUUACCCGGGAAGGGGGAUGAAAGCUUCGUGGGUGUCCAGUUGAACAGAUCUGACGGUAACAGUGAUGGAUCAUUUGGAGGACGCCGAUUUUUUGACUGGUGAGUCUUCUGAAAUUAUUCCUCUAUGUUUGCUAAUUACAAGGAUAAACAUGAAGUACGGCCAUGUUUAUAAAAAAAUCUUAAAUCCCUUGAGAAUAGUUUAUUAUAUGCUAAACAGGAAACAGUUAUAUUUGGUUUAGG